UUAAAAUACAAGCAUAUAAAUCCUAUUAAUACUUAUAACUGAAUCGAGCUUUUCGUAUACUGACGACGGUCAAGAUUAGAUCCGGGAAGAUCUUAGCACUUCUUGUACAUUAGUUUCCUUGUGUCGAUUCGAUCGAUGAUUACGCCCCCACUAUGUUGACACCUUCAGCUCGGGAUGAGUACUCCCUCUCCAAGUUCAUCAAGAUCUUAUCCGGUAUCAGAUCUCCGAAGCAGUUCCAAGCCAUCCAUUCCUUCAUCACCAAGCUCGGAUUCUCUCGCUUUACCGUUCUGGUGAGCGGCUUGAUAGAUCUCGCCCUCAAAUGUGGAUCCUUGGACGACGCGGACAAGCUGUUCGACGAUAUGCCCCACAAGGAUGUCGUCGCGUGGACUUCCAUGAUCAUCGGCCACGCACGCCACGGGCAGUCUGACAAUUCUGUCUCUUUGUUCCGGGCAAUGCUCGCCAGUGGCACGGCACCGAAUUGGUACACUUUCUCUGGCGCUUUGGCUGCUUGUUCCGGCAUCGGAGUUGAGGCCCUGGAUUACGGUAAGCAAAUCCAUGCUCAGGUGCUUAAGUCGAGCUUCCUGGGGCCAGUCGAUCCCGUUGUUUACAAUGGGUUGCUUGACAUGUACUCCAAGUGUCAGUGUCUCUUGUUCGCUCGGAGACUAUUUGGUUCCAUGACAGUCAAAGGCCUUGUUGCUUGGAACUCGAUGAUGUCUGGUUACCUGCGAUGUGGGCAAGCCGAGGAAGCUUUGGAGUUGCUCAUGUUGAUGGUCGCUUAUGGUAUGAGACCCGGUGACUUCACAUAUGCUAUCUGUGUCGACGCGUGCACCGCUCUGGCGUCGAUCAAGCAGGGACUUCAGCUUCAUGCUUCGAUCAUCAAAAGUGGAUUUGAUUCAGACUUGGUUAUCAGAAACGGUUUGGUGGAUAUGUAUGCAAAGUGCGGUUGUAUUGGUUCGGCGAAGCUCGUCUUUGAAAUGAUGCCUUCAAGCGACUCGGUGCUUUGGACCACCAUGAUUUCGGCUUUCGGGAAGUAUGGAUGUGUUGGUGAGGCAAUUAUGAUGUUUGAAAAGAUGGUUGAGCUGAAGAUCGAACGUGAUGGAAUCACGUACCUUGCUGUUUUAUCUGCCUGCAGCCAUGGGGGGCUGGUCGGUGAAGGUUGGCGCUAUUUUCGAUUGAUGUUUGAGGAAGAAGGCGCCGCCAUUGCAGAGUCGGAACAUUAUGGAUGCAUGGUCGAUCUUCUAUGCCGAAGUGGCUGCUUGGAGGAAGCUCUCAGUUUCAUUGAAGGCAUGCCAUUAGAGCCAAGCAUUGCUGUUUGGAGUACAUUGCUUAAUGCUUGUCGGAUAUAUGGUAACACCAAGCUUGGUAAGCUAGCUGCUUGUCGUCUAUUUAAACUGGAUCCAGAAUUCCAGAGCAAUUGGGUUAUUCUCUCCAGCAUACAUGCGGCAGAAAGCGAAUGGGAUAAGACAUGGAAGUUAAGGGCAAGCAUGAAGGGUGAGAAUGUGAAGAAAGAGCCAGGGUGUAGUUGGAUUGAACUCGGUGAUGGUGUACAUGUAUUCCACACGGCAGACAGGUCUCUUCCUCAGGUGCUUGAGAUCCUCCAGACUCUGGAGGCACUGAACAAGGAUUUGAUCAUCCUACAUGUGGAGAGAUGAGUCAUCCUGUGAUGAUAAACUUUAUAGCUACGGAUGAAAGGUCCAGAUUUCUCCCAUCUAUCACAGUUCUUGGAAAAAUAGAAGAAACCAUCUCUUUCUUUUGAUUUCUUCAUCGAUUGGCAUUCUUCGGAGGAUCUUUAAAGUGCGGCAUACGUGAGGGUAAAUUGAAUAAUCCUUUUAGCUCCGUAUCAUAAAUGAUCGACCACUUGCAUUGCAUUUGUGGCUUCUACGCUGAUUACUGAGGUGUAGUGGGAGGUAAAACUAUGUAUAGUAUUAUGCAUCAUGCCUCCAAUAUUAACUCUAUGAUGUGUAACUUUUGAUAGAAAAAUUGUAGUGUAUCUAUCUGGAUCUUCGUUUUAGGAUUAGCCACUCAUUCACAUCAUUUUUUUUCUGUCACAUUGAUUGAUUGGUUAUUUGUCAUGUCCAAAGUUAAAGAGGGUGAUGAAGAAUUUCAUCCA